AUGGCUGAACCUAGCUCUACUGGUCCACCGCGGCGCCGGCGCCGCAACACUUUGCCAAGCUUAGUGUUUGAGGACAAUGAUUCACGACUGGCCCAACUAAUGGUUAAAUCGUCUGCAAAAGAAGCAUCUUUAUCUGAUAAAUGGCCAAAAGAAGACUGUGUCUCCGACGGACAGCUCAACCGUCGCUCAAAGAGUGCAGAUGCGCUCAACGACCUCAUGCGCAAGGAAGGGAUUGAUUCGUCUCCAAAUCGUGAUCGGGCAGAUGAGAUAGCGUUUUGGCGAAAUAGUGCCAUACAGAACCCUGUCCCAGUUUACAGCGGACAGUCUAUCGCUGUUGACCCAGAGCAUAUUCUGAACUCGUUUGGUUCAGCAGUCGAAUCUGACCAACAACCGGGCGGCAUUCACCCUUUGCAGAGCUUCGAGUUCGGACUUAAUUGCCCAGCCCGGGACUCGACCACUAUUGAGGACAGAGUCAAUACUUUGGAAGUAAAACUCAUUGAUUUUGAAUAUGCGCUUGCCAAGUUGCAAGGGAACAACAUAACGAAACCCGUGUUGCAUUCGCAAGCUUUCGAUUUGGGGUCGAUACACAGCGUCUUCCCGGACGACAACAUACAUAAAAUGAACGCUUCAGCAUCAUCACCAGAUUUCGGAUACUUUGCUCCUCUGGCACGAGGAACUGCGUUCACAUUCUUGGCUUCUCCUGGUGAAUCGGCAUUGCCUUCACCUGAGGGCGACCCGCACCCUUCCCAAAGGGCAAGCCGGGCAACAACCGCUACCAUCCGGCCAGUUGAUCCCAGCAGAAGGUCGGCAGAGCAGUCUCAGGGCACGUCCGCCUCUUCUUUCCCCGUUUCUUCCGAAAUAUUACUCCGCAUGAUCCAGGAAGAGAAGGCAGCGCGUCAACGCCUAGAAAGACAGGUCGCAGAAUUGCAAAAGGAACUGGACGGCAUGCGAAGUCCUAUUUACGCCACAAUUCGAGAAGCUUAUUCCCCACCCAGUCCCGAGUCGUCACAUAACACCAGUACACCUCGAACUCUACACCGUUCUCCUGGGUUUCAGAUGAACCAUCCGCCACCGGAGGUUUCGCGCUUCAGUGGGACGGAUCCCGAUACCGAGACUGAACAAUCUUUCAAAGAUGUCUACGGGACGCCAAAUGAGAGCAGAAACACCUUUGAAACCGCCAGAGGCUCUGUGGAAAUGGCUGUAAUAUGA